UCUCCAGAUGCUGUCCCAGUUCUUGGACUGACAGACCCCAGGCUCUGCUAUUUACUGGAUGGAUUCCUCUUCAUUUACGCAGUCAUCAUGACAGCCCUGUUUGUGAAAGCAAAGCUGAGCCGGGCCCCUGAACCCCUGAUGCAACCAGGCCCGGAUGAUGUGUAUAAUAAACUGUCUCGUGGACACAGAGAUGAAUAUGAUGUCUUGGGGGCAAAGCGAGGUGCAGACCCUGAGCUCGGGGGGAGACACCAGCAGAGGAGAAAGCACCCACAGGACACUGUCUACACUUCACUGCAGAAGGACAAGAUGGGCGAGGCAUACAGUGAAAUUGGAAUGAAGGGAGAGCAGCAGAGGCGCCGAGGCAAAGGGAACGAAGGUGUCUACCAGGGACUCAGUACGGCGACCAAGGACACCUAUGAUGCUCUUCAAAUGCAGCCUUUGCCCCCUCGCUAGGCUGGGAGUCACAGAAGAGGUGGGCAAGAGAGGGGCCCGCCUGGUUUG